UCCGGGGCAAGGCCCUGCCAGCGCUCGCAUCAGCCCCGGUGCCCUGCGCCCCUCCGGACACCCCGGCAGCAGCGAGACCUCGGGCCGGGCUGCUCCGCCCGGCUCCGGGAGAGGGAACGCGGCCGGCCCCGCCGGGAAGCCCUAAUCAAGCUUCUCCAGCCCCACUGUGUCACCUACUCCUCAGCAGUGGUCAGUGGCCUCUUGUAGAAGUCCUGGAAGAAGCCUUUUCCUACAGCCCUCCUCAAUUUUCUGAGGAAGGGCCAUGUCUGCCUUUGAUCAGAGGAACCAGAGCAUGCAGCACACUGAGCCUGAGACAGACUACGUCAUCCCUCGGGUGAAGCCAAGGGGUGAGAUGUUUGUCUUUGCUGAUGGGAAAUGGGUGAAGGACAUCCCACCCUUUCCUUCUCACCAGAAACUCUUUAGCAAGAAGGCACAGAAUGAAUGGAGCAUCUGGGAGGAGAACAGAGCACUCUGGCAGGAAAACCAAGUCCUCUGGAUGAAAAUUAGAAUGCUCUGGGAAGAAAACAAGGCCCUACAAUAUCUCCAGUCACAGAAGAAAUCUGUCCAGGUAAUUUACACAGAUGCUACUCAGCAAAGCCUCAAGAACAAAAAUAAGCCAUUUCCACUCUUCCAAGAAAGGAACACAGGCUUUCAGCUCAGCCUGGACAACAAAGCUCUCCAGGCAGUCCAGGAAAAGUAUAAAAUCUUUCAGGAUUUCCAGCAGGAGAAUAAAGUACUCCCUGUUUCCUGGAAAGACCAAAAAGCCAUCACAGUCCAUGAAGAGAGCAAAGGUGCCAGCUCAGAUCUUCAGAAGAACACUGACACCACUGCAGCUGUGGGAAAGGGUAACCCUGGCCCAGCCCCCCAGCAGAAACAUGAGGGUAAAAGGAAGAGCACUACUCCAACUCAGAAUAAGAUCGAGUCUGCCCCAAGUACGCCGGGAGAGCAUGAAAUCCUCCAGGUUCUCCAGGACUUAUAUGAGCUCCUCCACACCUUUCUGAAAGUGAACCACCCUCCUGGGGAAAAACAAUGCUGUCACAAUCUCCAUGAUGUGAACAGAUCCUUCCAAGAAGAUUACAAUAAACUGAAGCUGCAGCUGAAUGCUGUGAAAAACACUGUGUCAGACAUUACAGCUCAAAUGGAUAUACUAGAAAAGGAGAUCAUUGCCAUCACUUCCCCAGUGGAUGAAGAAGCAGGGCAGGAGCUGGCAGCUGAGCAUCAGCUUGGAGGCAUGUGAAGCUUGGGGCUAAGGACUGCUGGUUCAGUUCCCAGAAAACUUCUCUCCUUUUUCCAGGAAACCUAAUAAAAUCCCAAGAGCCUGAAGACAUCUGGGGAACAUCAUGUCUUUCUAAAACUUUCUUGCACUACUUAGAUUCACCUUCUAGUUAUAUGGUGUAGGUGACUGUCAUGAAUUUGCCUAGUGUCAGGAAUCAUGUUUUUCAGCAUUUUUUUCAAAGUUUCUGAUAAUAAGGCCCAGAUUUUCAGAAUGUAAUUGCUUGAGGAUCUCAACGCUGAUUACAGUGUGCCAGCUUGCAGUGCGAGGACAUACUCAGAGUCUCUGCUAAAAAACGUUGAUUAAUAAAGGAGGAUUUCUCCUCCCAGACAUCAUGGUAGGAGCCACAGGAGAGAAUGGAGCAGGCAGCAGGACUUCUCCUGCACAGAGCAGUGAGGUCCCUCUUGAUUUCUUGGGUAGUCAGAUAAAGCAGUUUUUAGCUGCCUCAGAGCAGGAAAGUAGGUUGUCAAAAGAAGCAUUUUGCUGGCUGUUCCAUGGCUGAAGCCAGUAUUUAGAAGGGCAUCUACUCACACUAUGAUGGACAAGCCAGUCUCCAGUGAUCUGCUGACACUUCGAAGAAGAUGAGAAUCUUUUGAUCUGCUCAGGUUUGAAAUUCUGGUCUAGUCUCAAUUGUGUGACCAGAGUGGCUGGAAAUGUAUUUCCUCUGUCUUGGACAGUCUGGACACAGUGCACUUUGUCACAAUCUUUCAGGCAGAAUAUGGAAGCCUUUAAGUAAUCUGACAAGACAAAUUCAGGGAGACUUUUGCAGAGCAAUUGAAGUACUGUAAAGCAAAGGAGAGGUUACAGUGAGGUUUAUCUACUGCAACCCCAAAAGGACCCCAAAAGCAUGUUUUCACUUCAGUUUAAAAGUCUGUAAGUGAUUUGACACCGAAUUACCUAAAGCAUGAAUUAUCUUUCACCUUGUAUUUCACUCAGACAACACCAUGCCAACUCCAAGUGAUGACUGUUUACAUCAGAGGCUUAAAACAACAGGUAUUUUCUUCUGCUGUGUGAGCUUUGGGAUGCUGAGACAAAUCUCUCGUGCAUGAAGUUAAAUGGCUCUCACUGGUGCAGGUACAGCUGCAUCUGCAAAGAUCAGGUGAGAAGAAGAGGAACAAUGCUCAUUAAUAGAUAGAUGUGCAGACAGAAAACUGCUCCUGCUUAAUGACUGUGUCACAGCUAUUAAUAGAUAAAUGCCUCAGCACUGUGCUGGGGAACACGUUCAUGUUCUGUGCCUUCAGACGUGCUGCUUUGCUCUUUGCUGGCUCCCUCACCAGGUUUGAACAUAAUGUUUGGUAAGAGGGAGAAACAGGACUAUGAAGUCCCUGAUGCAGAGGUUCAGAGGAGGGUAGCAGCAGUAAAAAUCUCUGAUCAUGUGUUCAUAUCUUAACAAACUAAUUUGUGUCCCAUUAGAAGAAAUAACCUGCUCUUUUGCCAGUGGUCAGAAUACUGACUCCUGCCAUGUCCCUAUACAUGGGCAAGAAAGACACUUGGGAGUGCCUCUUUCCACCAGGUGUUUGGUAGGAGUCAUCUCAUCUAAUGUCAGGUGUCCAUCCAGGACAGGACAUCCAGAUCUCAGCUAGUCUCCCUGGACUUCCUUUCAGUCCUGUAGGAUGGAAUGGGCACGUUCAGGCUGUGAUUAAUCUGGCUCCUAUUAGACUAAAAGUAGGCUGUGACACCAGCUGGAGUCCCUUGUUUCUCUCUGUUGCCUCUAUAAUUACUUCAAGGACAAUUAACUCCAACUUAGACAUUUGGUUUUGAGCUCUCUGAUUGAGAAACUUGGCAGAUCCAGUCAGAGGAGAUGCUUCAUCAAGGGGUGAAGUGGCACAAGCUUGGGAGUGUGUCCCAGUCCCUGGCUUUGCUUUCUGUGAGAUGCCUUCAUUAAACAGCUGACUCAGAUCUUUCUAUUGUGUGUAAAAAUUAUCACUUUGUGAAUAAAAUUGAGUUAGUUUGGGCAGAGCUUAAAUAUCAUGCACACAUGUACGAUCCUAAGGGGAGCACACUACUUCUCCUGAAUGCCAGUGAAUGUUUCUGGAAGGAAUUAUGUUUUGUGAGUCCUCUGCAUUUUGAUCUCUUCUUUGGAUCUUUGAUCUUCCAGGCUAUAAAAAAGUCUAUACCUGGUAUGCAUUUUUUGGCAUCUCUCACCGAGAAGCUGGAUUUCUCAUUCCUUCAAGUUUUCUGAAGUCUGUCAAGUGAGAUGACAAUGUCCAAAAAAGACUGCCCAGCACUUAAUCUUGCAGAGGACUCUGUGCUAUUCAAACUUUCUAUCCUGGUUCAGGGCAAAUUUGGAGGGCAAACCUCCAAAGGGAUCCCUCUAGAAUGUAAAUUCAAGCUGCCACCCCUUCUCCCACCAGUUUGGGAGAGAUAAAUCUCCUUCGAGAAAAAUGGAAAAAACUGUUUAUUUAACAAACAAAACACACACAAACGUGGAAAAUUUAAUAAUACUAAACAGUGGAACCUCUCACUCUUCUGAAGAGAGGGCAAAUUCAGAGAUAGAGUCCUUUUGUGGGAUGUAGCUCAACUCAGUCUCUUAUCAGUCCCUCCUGCACUGGAAAAUGCCAUGUCCCAGGCCCUGGAGAGCCACAGGUGUGAGCUCCCUGUGGUUUUCUGGGUUUUCAGUCCAGAGCAGGGAUGAACAGCUCCAAGAAAAAGAAAAAAACAGCCAGAGAAGAAGGGAACUUCUCUGUCUAAGCUGGAUAAAAAACAAAAAGCAAAGGAGAGCUCCCUCCCACUGUACACUCUGCAGAAAACACAGUCCAUGAGACGGAAUGAGGGGGAGCCAGUGCAGUUUCUGAAAACAAACUGUGCACAUCUUCUCUGCCCUUUGCUCUUGGGACCAGUCUUAAAGGUGCAGAACUUGAUAUCCAGCGUAAACAGAACAGACAGUUGGGGAUACAAGCACCAUAAAGUCACCCUGGGACACUCACAAUCCCAGAAGGUACCAAAUCUUCAGCCUGUGCUUAUUUUAUUAUUUUUUAUUAUGGUUACUAACCAGAGUGAGUUGAUGACAACACUGAGGAUCAUUUCUGGGUGGUGCUGGAAAGGCAAAUGAUCACGAGCAUUGCUCGAUCUGUUAAUGCUAAGGGCACAGAUGGUGACAUCUGACUGAGUGGCUUGCAGAGUGCCACAGGACUUGAGGAUAGUCCCAAGCACUGCUCAUUUUCUGCAUUGUUCCAUGUCCCCAGCCAGUGCCAUUUACCAGUUCAGAGGGGCCAUCCUACAGGUCUCCAUCUCUAGAGUGUGUGAGAACGGUUGGACUGACAGCUUUUGCACACUAUUUCAGGUACAAAUGGAAGAAAAGUGCAACAGCAGGCAUCUACAGGAAUAACUUAUUAAUUGUCAUAAAAUUUAGGUAGGUUUGGGAAAUAAUAGAGUAAGUUUAAUACAGUUUUUUAGUCUGCUCACUGGUUUACAAGUCCCUGGAAACUGGUGACUAUUCAAGCUUGAAAUGGAUAGAUGUCAUUCUUACAGUGAAUCAUUUACCUUUUGCAGAGAGAUAAACUUUCUGUCUCUCUCAUUGUUGCUGAUUAGAUCCUUAUUUUUUACUACUCAUUUAUCAGUACUAUUUUUGGAAAGCUGGAUUUUUUGGCAAGGUCACUUCUUACUUCCCUGUAAAUUGGAUUAUUGCCUCUAGCUGGGCUCUGUGGAAAUGCUGACUUUCUUGUUCCCAUUUCUUACUAGACAGUCUAAUACAUCUGGGUUUAUGCUGUCUUCAUAGAACACCCACCCCGGCCUUUUGUGCUCAUCUCAGCAGCCCCACCACAUCCUCUCAUUCCUAAAUUGUAAUUUUAGACAUUUUUUCAAAGUAUUAUGAGCUUCCUUGAGCCCUGGCUUGCUCCUGUUAUCUGCUGGAGACUGUUUUCCCAGACUUUUGCUUGUGGGUUCAUGAAGCUGAGGAUGUACUACAAAAGCUGUUGUGCUGGCCAAGAGCCAUGCUCUCCAUAGUGGUGCAGACUGUUUGUUGGUAUUCUCAGCAGCCCAAUUUGUUCUUUCCCAGCCAAUUCCCAGCCAAUUCCAGUUUAGCUCAGAAUUAGACAUACGUGUACAUUUGAAUGCAGGAUAUAGUCAAAGUCUUUUACUCAACUUUUGUGCUGAACCUGGACUAGUCACCUUGUUUUUUUGACAUCCAGUUUGAGCAUAGACUACUCAAAAUAUUCCUGCAGUGAUGUGCGAACAAGAUGGGGAGUAACUUGUCAGGUAAGUUUCAUAAAGAAAUUCUUUCUUCCAAUGGCUGUUUGCUGGUUUUAAAGCAGAAAGUUUUAAAACUUCACCACGUUUUCCAAAGUGGUAUUCAUCUCACCUGGGUGGAGACACUUAAAUGAAAGCAGUAACAGAGACGUGUGGCCACCUGAUGUCCCUUGUGCAGCUGGUGGAGGUAGGCAGGAUUGCCAGAGAGGACAGGUCUUUCCCUGACAACUGCAGAGAGCCUGGAGUGGCCAAGAUUAGGUGGGGAGAGUUGAGGCCUGGGAGAUGGUCACAUCACUUGACGAAUGGUUGGCAGAGAGCUUUGGAUGGAGAUAAGGGAAAAGAAAAGGAGUUUAUGACAAUAAGGGACAGGCAAUUUUGGAGGAACACUAGGAUGUUGUGAGGUUAUACAGGGAGAAAAUUAAAAAGGUCACAUCCCAAAUAAAACGUAGUCUGUUUACUAUUGUAAAAAAGUGUUUCUAUAAAUUGGUCAGCAAGAAGGCUGAGGAGAAUCUUGACCCUUAAGUGGGGGGAAACAUUGUCACAAAGCAUGAAGAAAAGACCUUAACGCCAUCUUUGCCUCUGGUUUUAGCAGUAGGAUCAGCUGUUCUCAGGGUACCCAGCCCUCUGAGGAGGAAGAGAGGAGCAGGGAGCAGAAUGAAGCCCCCAUCAUCCAAGGGUGGAUGGUCAGUACCUGCCUCUUCACUCAGACACACACAGGCACAUGAGGCCAGUUGGGAUCCACCCAAGGAUACGGAGGGAGCUGGUGGAAGUGCUCACCAAGGCACUCCCCACCAUUUACCAGCAGUCCUGGCUAACUGUGAGCCAACUCUCUAACCUCCAGUCAACUGGAAGGUGCGUCUGGGGAACUACAGGCCCUGACCUCAGUACUGGAAAAGGUUAUGGAGCAGAUCCUGGAGUGUCGUCACAUGACACAUGCAGAACAACCAGGAGAUCAGGCCCAGCCAGGACAGGUUUGUGAAAAGCAUGUCCUGCUUGACCAGCCUGACCUCCUUCUGUGACAAGGUGACCUGCUUAAUAGCUGAGGGAAAGGCUGUUGUCUAUGUUGAUUUUAGUAAAGACUUUGACACAGUUUUACACAACAUUCUCCUGGAGAAACUGGCUGUUCACAGCUUGGGUGGGUGCUAGGUUAUAAACUGAUUGGGUGGCCAGGCUCAGAGAGCUGUGGGGAAUGAGAAAUAUCCAGCUGGUGGCCAGUCACUAGAGAUGUCCCCAGGGCUCAGUGUGGGGCUGGUUCUGUUUAAUAUCUUCACUGAUGAUCUGGAUGAGGGUACAGAGUGCACCCUCAGUCAGUUUGCAGAUGAUACCAAGCUGGGUGGGAGUGUUGAUCUGCUGGAAGGCAGGAAGGCUCCGCAGAAGGAUCUGAACAGGCUGCAUCAAUGGGCUGAGGCCAAUUGUAUGAGGUUCAACAAGGAAAAAUUCUCCACAUGGGUCAGAACAACCCCAUGCAGCCCUACAGCCAUUCAUGCAGCCUCAGAAUUAGGGAUUAGGCACCAAGCAAGUUCUUGGUGUUGCUUCUGAGGCUUCUGUCCUGUGCCAAAACUCCAGCUGAGCUGAGCGUCAGCAGGGCAGAGGGUUGUAGGUAGAUUGCACAAACAGUACAAGCAAAUCUCUCCUAAUUUGUUGCAAAUUCAUACCUUUUGGGUUUUCAGCCCUUCUAUGACUCUGAUUUCAUAGAUUUUUGUGCUUUUGGUGCAAAAUGUAAAAUCCCCAAACUUUCAAAUCAUCAGAAAAAUAUAAUUGGCAGAAAUGUUUUCUAAAUGCAAAUUGAACAUCUUCCUUUUGAUUGUGGGCUAUGCCAAAGCUCUAACAUACAUCUUUGAUCUUAUGGCAAUGUCUGGAGAAAUUAUGGGAUUCUAAUAUGGAAUAAUAGAUGCUCAUCAAGACUUCUAGCUUUAGGAAAUUGUUUAAUCUCCAUUCUCAGUGGCUGUUUCUUUGAUGCAGCUGUGACUGAAGGGUGCCAAGUGCUGGAAAACCAGCUCACCAGCUCAGAACAAAGCUGAUUAUGUAAAUCGUGCAUUAAGAUUCAGUUUCAAUUUAAUUUUAUUCUGUAAAUAAAUAUCUCAUUAACAUCCAUCUGUUAAAAGUCAGGUAAAACAUUUUCAAAAUCUCCAUUUCUGUGGCAGAUGUGACUGUACCAUAAAUAGCAAUGGUGUGCCAGUAUGAGGGUGUCAAAGUAUAAACUGUGAAGCAUGUUUUAAGAAGUAAUAA